AUGGACUUUGAGUACACCAACGGCAGAGGACCAGUCGACCAAUCAUCGCCGUUCCUCAACUUCCAGCAGAACCAGCAGUCAGCAAAGAAGCGUAAGCACAACAGCGGCGCACCAACAUCUCCACACGGGCGCACAGAUGAUGUAUCCAAGUUUGAAAAGCUAACUUCAUGGCCGUUGUUCGGCCAGUCAGGCACACAUUCUGUCCUCGAUUCUCCCUCUAAGAACGUGUUUGCGACACCGAGUCGGCAGCGCGAGCCAGAUAACCGGUCCUACUUCUCGCAAGACAGCAGCAAGCCGCUGCCCCUUCCGCCUCACGUGCAGAACGCGUGGGAGCCCCGCACUCCACAGAGCACCUUCGACUUCAGCUCGGGCGGGGAAACACCCAACACCCCAGGCGUGGACAGCGACGCCGCCACACCAGACACGCAAUUGGCCGACAAGAUGGGACGGUUAGCGAACGGCGAGUCGAACAGCCCGCGGAAACCCGCAAAGCGUGACAGCUGGUUCACGCGCACAUUCAAAGGCAGCCCGAGCCCGCUGAAGGAGAAGGACAACAGGUACUACUCGUCUAAAGCCGAUAACCGCAUACAGAAGCGGCGCACCGAGCGCUCGCGGUCAAAAAAGCGCACACUGCGCGACAUGACGGACGACGAGUCGGACAAGGAGCGCCCGAACGCUGGCGCGCUUCCAGCCCCGGAGCAGGGCAAGGACCAGCAGACAUACGCCAUGAACGUCGCCAGCUUCAUGCACUGGGUCGAAGCCCACCCGCACCUGCCUUCUGUGCUGUCCUACUACAUGCAGCUCUGCGUCAACUUCUUCCUGGCAAGCGGCUUCGUCUACAUCCUCUACUGCGCGUGGAACGGCAUCAUGGCGGACGUCGACAUUGAGUCCACGCGACAUUUAUCCGGCGUCAUGGUGGAAAUUGCCGAGUGCUCAAAACACUGGAAUGAUAACCGCUGCGAAAACGCUGUCCCGGGCAUGGUCAAGGCAUGCAAUGUCUGGGAGACAUGCAUGAGCCGCGACCCGAAGAAAGUGGCGCGCGCCAGCGUCACAGCGAAGACUUUCGCCAUGAUCUUCAAUAGCUUCGUGGAGGAAUUCAGCUAUAAAUCCAUGCGCUCGCGCGAAAAGCAGGCCUGGCAAGAAAAAGCCCACCCCACAACCCAACGAUUCCAAACGCACUACGAAGUCGAAGAAGUCGUUGGCGACGCUGACCAAAUGCUCAAAUAG